GAAUUGCUGCGUUGAUACCAACGAAACCGCCUUGUAUUUUGUGAUUUGGUGAAGGGACUAAGUGGGAUCUGCGCGAAUAAUAGAAGUCAUUACCAAACAAUCUAGCAUUCCAUCAAUGGUUCCUCAUCCAAUGGCUUCGGGAACGGAUAAAACCCAAAGUGCCGCGUCUUCAGCAUCCCGUGAUCCUAAUCAAGCCCAUCAGAAACCUUAUUUUCUCUCUCUUGAUUUAUCCACGGAGAAAAUGGGAUUGAUCGUCGUAGAUGAAUCUCUUGAUGUUAUAUUUGGCGAAUGCGUCAAAUUUGAUACUGACCUUCCAGAGUAUGGAACUCAGAAUGGCUGCCACACGGACGGCGAAGUAUCGACCUCUCCCACUCACUUACACGUUAAAGCGCUUGAUAUUUUACUACAAAAAGUGUCUUCGCAAGUUGAACUCAAACGCGUCAAGUGCAUCGGGGGAUCAGCUCAGCAACAUAGUUCUGUAUGGUGGUCAAAAGCAGCAUCAACACUUCUCUCUAGGCUAGCCCCUAACAAGCCUCUACAUGAACAAUUGUCGCCAGAGCAGACAUGGACCCUGCCCGAACCUCCCAAUUUCUACGAUAUGUCCACAGAUGCGCAGGCACAAUCUCUUGAGUGGCUGGUUGGUGGUUCAGAGGAGACAGCACGCAGAUCCGGUGUCCGGGCAUUCUGCCGCUUUACAGGUAUCCAGAUAAUGAAAGUUCAACAAACACGCCCAAACAUCUUGGAAGCCACAGAUCGUAUAUCAUCAGCAUCAUCUUUCUUGACUUCCUUGUUGCUGGGCAGUAUUGCACCAUUAAGUGAAAGUGAUGCUGCAAGCAUGAGCUUGUGGAACAUGACUGAACAUCGCUGGGAUCCACUGGUUCUUAAUUGUGUCAUGGGGAAGGAUUCAUCACUAUCCGGGAUGUCAAAUGAAGCUAAGAAACUGGUUCAAAAAUUAGGAGAACCUUACUUUGAUAAUUCAGUAGCGCUGGGAUCCAUUGCCAGCUAUUUUGUUCGCCGAUACGGAUUUUCCGCAGAUUGUCAGAUUGUCGGCUUUCUAGGCCACCACCAAGCUACAUUUCUGAGUCAGCCGCUUAAGCCACGAGAUGUGAUGAUUUGCUUGGGUGACUGUGACUCGGACUCCGUUCUUUUGCCCCUGUCACAUUACCUACCGGAUUCAACUCGACAAAUCCUUCCUAGCCCAGUGAAAUCUCCAUCAAAUCCUUCAAGUAACAUGCCUUUCAUGGCACUCCUAGAAUAUAAAGAUGCGGAUUUGGCGCGACAUUUUCUUCGAGAUUCAUAUUGUAAUGGGUCUUGGCAUACUUUUGAUACACUAGUCACUUUGAUUUCAGAGGGUGGAACAAUUGGUCUUGACGACAAGCUCUACACCUUUUUCUGGCCCCAUGGGGAACUUGGAAGCUGGCAGGGUAUUUCGAGAUUUGAAGCAGGUCAGCGCAUCAAGGAAUUCAAGGAUCAACGGGUUAACCCACGCUCUUUAUUAGAAUCUCAGUUUCUCACAAUGCGCCUCCAACUUUCUCGUAUCAGCCAGGGGCUCAGGCAUCUAGAGAAUACGAAUGAAUAUCUAGCACCCGCCUAUAGCUUGCUUGGUUUCAACCCUUAUGAUCAUUCUGUUCUUCCCAAGCGUAUCGUUGCCAUAGGCCAAGCAUCAGGGAGUCGCGUGAUGAUUGAUUUGUUAUCAUCAAUAAUUGGUGUUCCUGUCUAUCAGUCAGUUGCCCUUUCUCCGACCACAUACUCCACAGUUUUUUUAGGAAACCAGUUGGCGAUCACGCCUGCUGCCCUUGGAUCAUGUUACAAGGCGGCUUGGACUUAUCUCCGUCAGUUCAACUUGAAUCAGUCAUACGAAGACUUCCUUGGAGAGCGGAAUAUACAGCGAUCAAAACGUUUGAGGAGUUCUGAGACCCGAAAUACGUCGGCGCCGAUCAUCCUUACGUCUCUCACAAGACUCGAUACAUCUGAAGCAUCCGCACAAUCGGCACAACCAGAUCAACGAGGAACCGCGGGUUUUUCGAGCACCAAUGCCGCGUCUCCCAUUUGGAAUCAAGACGCUUCCUCACCGGAGCUAUCUAACGAGCCUGCAAUUCCCAUCGUUUCCAUCCUGACAGAUUCCAAGGAUGUGGAAGAUGGGUUAGUUAAGGUGGCAGAGCCUGAUGAAGACUCCGUGGCAGUUUCACUCAAGUUGAUAUUAUCGAACAUUGCUCCAGGUUCCAAAGGUACGGUGGACAAGUUGAGGAGUUUGCAAGACUUGAAAAGUGUAUACGGCGGGGAGUACUUUGAAAUGAACAAACGACCGUUUACCGACUUCUCGGCCUAUGCAUAGCAACCCCAAUCAGAAUCGCAGUCAAAGUAAUAGACUUUUCCUUCAGCCUAGA